CUUCCGUGUAUGAGGUCAAAGCCAGGCCGGAGAGCGAAGCGAAAUGGAAUGAAAUCCGGGGGGAAACCGUGAUCGCGGCCACCGGGAGGACAGAGGCCGGAGUGCGGCUCAGAGACAGAGUGCCGGCCGGGCGGCGGGAGAGAGAGAUUGCCCUUAUUUGUGUUUGAACAUGGGCCCCAGGAAGUUGCGCUUGCUCUGGCAGUUUCUGCUCUUUCUUGUGUUGGCUCUGAAGAUUCUAUCAGCCGCAGACUUUGACCCAUAUCGCAUUCUCGGCCUCAGCCGGACAGCAAGCCAAGUGGAUAUUAAAAAGGCUUACAAGAAGCUUGCCAGAGAAUGGCAUCCAGAUAAAAACAAAAAUCCUGGAGCAGAGGACAAAUUCAUCCAGAUCAGCAAAGCCUACGAGAUCCUCUCCAGUGAAGAGAAAAGAAGUAACUAUGACCGAUAUGGAGACGCGGGCGAGAAUCCGGGCUAUUCACAGCAGCAGCAUCAUCACUUCCGGCAUUUUCACGACAGCUUCUACUUCGACGAGUCCUUUUUCCACUUUCCCUUUAACUCCGAGCGCAGAGACUCCACCGAUGAGAAAUACCUCCUCCAAUUCUCGCACUACAUCAAUGAGGUGGUCCCAGACAGCUUCCGCAAGCCCUAUCUCAUCAAGAUCACCUCAGACUGGUGUUUCAGCUGCAUUCACAUCGAGCCCGUAUGGAAGGAGGUGGUUCAGGAGUUGGAGGGAAUUGGUGUUGGCAUUGGUGUGGUCCAUGCAGGAUACGAGCGACGUCUGGCCCACCAUCUUGGGGCACACAGUACACCGUCCAUUUUAGGAGUGAUUAAUGGCAAAAUCUCAUUCUUUCACAAUGCUGUGCUUCGGGAAAACCUGCGGCACUUCGUAGAGAGUCUCCUCCCAGGAAACCUGGUGGACAAGAUUACAGAUAAAAAUUACAUCCGGUUCUUAUCCAACUGGCAGCAGGAGAAUAAGCCUCACGUGUUGCUUUUUGAUCAAAUGCCGCCGGUACCAUUAAUUUACAAGUUAACCGCCUUUGCGUAUAAAGACUAUUUGUCGUUUGGUUACGUGGAUUUGGGGCAGAGGGAGGCCGAGCAGAUGAGCAGCCAGUAUAAUAUUAAUAUGUACGCCCCAACCAUGCUGGUGUUUAAAGAACACAUCCACAAACCGGCGGACGUUGUCCAGGCCCGAGGAAUGAAGAAGCAGGUCAUCGAUGAUUUCAUUUCUACUAAUAAAUUCCUGAUGGCUUCAAGGCUGACCAAUCAGAAGCUGUUUCAGGAGCUGUGCCCAGUAAGGAAGUCACACCGCCAACGCAAGUACUGUGUCACGCUGCUGACCGGCGAAGGAGGCAAGUUCCAGAAAGCCUACGAGUCUUUCUUGGCGUUUGCUUCAGCCAACACCAAGGACACUUUGAGAUUUGUUCACGUAUUCAAGGACCGGCAGAGAGAAUUGACUAGCGCACUACUAACCGAAGAGGAUAAACACCCUGACAAGUCCUCUGUGGCAAUAUUGGAAAGGAGAAACUCUGCCGGGCGGAUUGUGUAUAAAACUUUGCUGAAGAUAUGGAGUGGGAGUGAGGAAAAUAAAUUUGCGCUGCUCGACUUUCUGGACCGGUUACGAAAAGACCCGAGUGUCUUGUCAUCCGAAAUCAUCCUGAGUGAUCUGAAUGAUGAGCUUGCUCCUGUGUUUUUUCUGCGCUGGUUCUACACAGCAGUAGAUUACUGGGCUGAUGUUUGGGAGAGCGUUUUACAUAAUAAUUGGAGAGAGAUGAUGCCGCUGCUGUCCCUGAUCUUCUCCGCACUUUUUAUCCUCUUUGGGACGGUUAUAGUUCAGGCUUUCAGUGACUCGAGUGAUGAGAGAGAUUCGGUUCCUUCUGAAAAAGAUGAGCCAAGUGACAAGGAGAAAAGCACAGACACAAAUUAUACAAAGGAAAAUACCAGGGUUCCUAAGAAAGGUUUUGUGGAAGUUACGGAAUUAACGCACGUGAAUUACAUGAGUAAUCUUGUCCGGCUGCGCCCGGGACACAUGAACGUGGUCCUCAUACUGUCUAGCUCCACCAAGGCCAGCCUGCUGCAGCGCUUUGCCCAGGAAGUGUACACCUUCACAGGGAGCAGCUCGCUUCACUUUUCCUUCCUUAAUCUGGACAAGCACCGGGAGUGGCUGGAGUACCUGCUGGAGUUUGCGCAGGAUGCAGCUCCCAUUGCGUACCAGUACGAUGAACAUUUCCUGGAGAGAGAUUACACUGGAUACGUGCUGGCAUUAAACGGGCACAAGAAAUACUUUUGUCUCUUUAAAGCCCAGUCAACCCUUGAAGAGGAGAAGCUCUCAGAAGAGUCAGAACUUUCCCCUCUCUCGGGGGACACACUGAGAAAGAUCUCACUGGGCUCUGGAGCGGGCCACAUCAAAAAGAAACUUAACAAGUUAUCGUUGUGGAUGGAGCGGCUGUUAGAAGGAUCUUUACAAAGGUUCUAUAUUCCCUCCUGGCCCGUGCUUGACUGAGACUUUUAAAGGGGCAUCACGUCCCAUCAAACUGUGAACAUGUAGAGGUCUGUCCUGCCAGGGGGAUUUGUGUGCUUUAAAUGGUUUUCCCAGGAUUCCUCGAGAACAAAGACUGAUUUUUCUGGGGAUCAGUUUGUUAUGCAAAGAGAGGAUUGCGGCAUUAUCUGCGCCAUAUCCUGCCUGCUCCAUCAAAGACUCCAUUGCUGUCUCCCGGGACAUCUCAUGUGCUGCUCAGUCCAAUCCUCACCCAUGCUUUCUUAAAGCUAAAGCUUGCCCAUCCUGGCAUGGGAGCUCUGUCCUCUCUUACAGGAGAGCCUGGGUGAAAACUAGGUAUAGGACACCAUUGCUAAACUUACAAGAAUAGUCUAAUUUAUAGAACCCUAUUAUUUCAGAUAUAAAAAGCCUAUGACUUUGCUUAUGUGUAAUAUUCUGUUUUUUAUUGCCAUCUGGCUGGGUCGACCUUGCAAUGCACUAAGAAUGAGGAGCUAGCCACCUUACUAGUCGUUAAAAGUAGCCAGACUCUUGCAGUGAACAAGUGGCAAAUGUUAAAUGCAGCAGAUCAGGGAGUGCUGACCAUCAACCUUUUAAUGCAGAAUAUGUACAUUUAGAAAAUCCACGUACAAUCACCUGGGAAUAGAGGCCGUUUGGUAUCUAUUUAAAUUGUUUUUAUUUAAAUACCUCUCAUAGAAAGUUGCAAAUCUAAUGUGCAGCGCCACCUGCUGGGACUUACAUGCAACAUCACCACACUGCCGCUGCCUUUGAUUCUUUGUAUCAAGGAAUAUUAUUUUACACAUGUUCGCUUUAUAUCUGUUUGUUGUGUUGUCCUCACUCCACUGUUGGUCCUGCGAAUACAUCAGACCUUCUAGGAAGUAGUUGCCGCUUUGGCUUUAUAAGAUAUAUUCUGAAGUCCAGCCAUGGAAUGUAAAGAUUGAGGGGAAAUAUUUAAAUCCCAGCUAAUAUUUUAACUAUUCAUCUGCUGCAGCACAAAAAAACAUAUUGCCUCCCCCUUGCCCCCAUAAUUUAACCCUUUAAGAACCGUGAAAUAUGUCAGAACAGGGAAAGUCAAAUAUUUAUCAUGAUAUGUCUGGCAUGUCGUUGGUCCUUAGAGGGUUAAUGUCUAUGACCCUAACUGGCCAAAAUUAGUUUAAUCUUAAAUGACAAAGUUUUUAGCACACUUUUUAUCUCAGCCAUUACAUUGAAUACAUACAAUGAGAAACUACAAUGCAUAGGAGCUUCUAAACCAAGCCAAACUCAAUAUUUAGAGAAUACGUCCUUUUCGUUGCUGAAGACCUCUCCUUACAAUAUUCUUAAUAAAUUUGCAUAUAUAAAAUGUAUAUGUAAAAUGCCAGCCUUUUUUGAGAUUCACUGCUGUAAAUUGUAAUUGUUCAGUAAUUUCUCACUAUACAAGUAAAUCUCACAUCUUUUUAAAUACUUGAUCAUAAAAUGUCAAAUCUUUCUUCCUGUCUCUUCCCAUUCUUUUCUUGUAUAAAUGGUUGUCAGAAUGAAAGAGCGAAAUUUGUAACCACAACAAGCCCUCUGCUGGUAAAAGGCGCACAAUGGUUCAGAGCUGGGCAAGAACUAGCGUUCAAAUCUUCUACAGAAAACAUUUCGUUUAUAUGUUUGUAACCAUGCAAUGUUACAUUCAGCUGUUUGUGUUCCCUUUAAGAUCUGUCUCAGCUGACAUUAAUACAAAUGUCUGUCCUGUGGAAUGUAAGUGGCCGGGAACCCUGAAGCCGGAUAGAGUGUUUGAUUCUCGCCGGUGUCACAAUCUUUCUGGCAUUGAAAGGGGUUCACCUCCCACACGUCAAAACCAAAUCGUUAUUUUAGGAAUAACCUUGAUGACUGCUUACAUUAAAUCUGGCAACGCGACAGAACAGUUUUGCACUUUUUUUUUU